GUGUCCCCCAUCCCGCUCCCAGACGGCAGAGCCGGGCCUCACUCUGGGACCCCCACCAAGGGAGCGGGGGCUCCUGCGGCCCAAUGGGGGGCUCCGCGGGGUCGAGGGGCGUCGGCGCCCGGGGAAGGGUUCCCCCCGACAGGGCCCGGGUCUGCAACGAAGGCAGAGAACGACUCUCCAGGGCGGAACCGGCCGCUCCUCCGGGGAGACCAGCAGCCCCGAGGAGGAAGCGGGUCAGGGGCAGCUCUGGGUCGGGGGAAGGACCUGACCUUGCCGGCCUCGCAGGCUGACAGGGGAGCUGCCCCCCAAGCAGCAUGGACGCCCCCCGCAGGGACAUGGAGCUGCUCAGCAACAGCCUGGCGGCCUACGCACACAUCCGCGCUAACCCUGAGAGCCUCGGCCUCUACUUCGUGCUGGGCGUCUGCUUCGGCCUGCUGCUGACCCUGUGCCUCCUGGUCAUCAGUAUCUCGUGCGCGCCCCACCCGCGGCCCCGGGGCCCAGCUCUGCGCCGGGGCGCCCGCAGCAGCACCCUGGAGCCCGAGGACGACGACGACGAGGAGGAGGAGGAGGACACAGUGACGCGGCUGGGCCCCGACGACACUCUGCCAGGCCCUGAGCUGUCGGCGGAUCCCGACGGGCCUCUCAGCGUCAACGUCUUCACGUCCGCCGAGGAGCUGGAGCGGGCGCAGCGGCUGGAGGAGCGCGAGCGGAUCCUGCGGGAGAUCUGGCGCACCGGGCAGCCGGACCUGCUGGGCAGCGGCACGCUGGGGCCCAGCCCCACGGCCACCGGCACCCUGGGCCGCAUGCAUUAUUACUGACCGCCCGGCUCCCAGUGCAAGGCGCUCUGGAAGCUGGACAUGCGAAUGAGCCAGAGCUGCCCCCGGACUUUCGGACCGCCCCGCCCCCACGGCUCCCCUGGUGCUAUUGGGCAUGGACAGCCACCCUCAGAGAGGCACGCUUCCCAGUCCUGCCAUUAGAACCCCGGGGCGGGAUGCAGGGGCCCCACCCCUCUCUGGGGGACGAGGAAGAGGUGAAGGGACCAAUGAAAGCUGCAUUCUCAGUG